ACUACCUCCCCCUCCCGGAAGAAAACCACCGUGGAAAGUUGCCAAAAGAAGAUUCGCCGCCGAUUGAAAUGGCGUCGGUCACGGUGCGCGGCUGCGCCCUCGGCGCCGCGUCGCUGCUCAACUUCGCGUUCGUCUUCGUGUCCGCGGCGGACUUCAUCCGGUUCGUGUCGUUCAGGGCCAUUUACCACAACAUCACCGGGGAGACGACACUGUGUCAAGACUCCAUACCCUGGACGGUGGCCCUGCGGGACAGCUCUGUCCUCAGGUGUCUGGUCGUGGAUGUGGGGCUGCUGGCUCUCUUCACCACCCAGCACAGUCUGCUCGCCUGGUCCCCCGUCAAACGGGCCCUGCAGUCCGUGCUGGGGGCCCUGAACAGGACGGCGUACUGCUUCACCACUGCACUGGCUCUGCAGAUUUUGAUGCGUUACUGGCAGCCUGUGACUGGCGCCCCCUGUCUGUGGUCAGUGCGUCACGCACCCUGGAGUAUCUGGUUCCCGCUGCUCUGCUUCUCUCUGCACUUCCUCUGCUGGGCCAUCAUCUGCAGCAUCGUCAUGAUCUUUGACUACCCAGAGCUGUUGGGCAUCAAGCAGGUGUAUUACGAAUGUCUCGGUUUAGGAGACCCCCUGUCCCACAAGUCGACCCAGGCCCAGCGCUUCCUGUCCCACCUCCGCCACCCGGUGUGCCUGGAGCUGGGCGUCGUGCUGUGGCUCCUGCCGGCCUUGUCCCUGGACAGGCUCCUGCUGGCGGCCACUCUGUCGACCUACCUGGCCCUGGCGCACUCUCUGGACAAACAGGACUUAGCGUACCUCUGUGUCCAGAUUAAGAGCAAGAUGCAGCUCCUUGCCGAGCCACACCAGCGCGUCGCCGGCAGCACCGACGGCAACAACGGCGACCGCAAGGAGAAGUGAAGCGAACUGCUGUCUUAAUACUAGGCAGAAAUAUUUGAAUGUUUAAACUGACUCCAGCAGAGAGACUGUGAUAUCUCUGUUAGCCUGACAUCUACUGUGCUGAAUAAGAACAAACAAACCUGCUCUGGUCAUUUCUUCUAAGAUCAAAUGACCACACUCAUACGGAACACUUUUCAACUUUACACUAUUUAAAAAAAAAAAAAAAUCCUAAUGCAAUUCCUAAUG